AUGGAAAUGCAGAAAGCCACUGCGACGCACAACAUCCAGCAGCACCACGACUUCUUCAGCGGGUCUUUGGAUGGUGUCGGUGCGUUCGGCUGCACCCGGCAAGCGGCCGCACACCAGCAAUUGGCGCAAGUGGAGACGUUUGAGCGCACGUUUCCUCGGAGGUCAAAACAGCAAAACCCCAAGUUUCCUAUGAGCAAAAAGAUUUUCCCCUGGAUGAAAGAGUCCAGACACUCAGAGCAGAAACACGGCAGGAGAAUCGCAGACUGCACCGUCAACGAGAAGUGUCCAAGCGCGACCCCGGCCUCCAAGAGGACGCGCACCGCGUACACGAGCGCGCAACUGGUGGAGCUGGAGAAGGAGUUUCACUUCAGCCGCUACCUGUGCAGACCGAGGCGGGUGGAGAUGGCCAGCCUGCUCAACCUCCAGGAGAGGCAGAUCAAGAUUUGGUUCCAGAACCGCAGGAUGAAGCAGAAGAAGGACGAGAGAUUGCAGGGCCUCACCACCACCACCUCCUCCUCCUCACCCCCGUCCUCCCCCUCCGCCCCGGGCAGCCCCACUCUGUCGAGCCUGGGUUAUGUCCAUCUGGGCGGGGAUUACCAGUCGGCCUCCCCUCCGCUCAAGUCCCAACAACACCAGACCCAGGCAGCGUACCCGCCAGAGUAUCCAGCUCCAGGCUUCACGCACGGCCCGCAGUUUAAUGUGCAGUACAACAGCGCGCACACAACAGACCCACAUGUGGAUCUGGACGGGUUAUAUUUCCCUCAGAGCUGCUCUCAGGACAGAAUCAUGCAAGCUCCAAAACUGACUCAUCUGUAGCAGACAAGAUGUG